GAGUUAUGGCAGUUCUAUUUUUAGAAACAGUGUUGUAUUUAUACAGGAGUGCAUCCGUUAAUACGCACACUGCCUUCGGCCUAGAAUGUACCCGAUUGAGGUUAUUUUACUGUGAAUAAGGUCUGCGUGAUGCUAUAAUUUCUACUUGAAAUUUGAUGAAGUCUAACUAAACCAACAUAAUGCAGCAAGCUGCAUCAAGGAGUCUCCUUGCUUUCAAGGGCAGAUGCAUGGAUGUCAAGUUUGACAUUGCCAACUCAAAUUACAAACCUCUAGAAAAGAUUGGAACAGGCGCCUAUGGAGUUGUUUGUUCAGCAAUCAAUAAGAAGAAUGGCGAGAAGGUGGCCAUCAAAAAGAUUCCAAAUUCCUUUGAUGAGCUCACCACUGCCAAAAGGACCUUCAGAGAGUUGAAGAUUUUGCGUCAUUUCAGGCAUGAGAACGUGAUCGCCAUCCGGGAGAUCCUCAUGCCCAAGGAACCUUUGUCGGAGAUGAAAGAUGUCUAUGUGGUCUUUGACCUCAUGGAAAGUGAUUUGCAUCAAAUCAUCCACUCCAAUCAACCGUUCAGUCUGGAGCACAUCAGGUUCUUUCUCUAUCAGAUCCUGAGAGGGCUCAAGUACAUCCACUCUGCUGAUGUGAUCCAUAGGGAUUUGAAACCAAGCAAUUUGUUAGUCAAUGAGAAUUGCGAACUGAAGGUUGGAGACUUUGGAAUGGCAAGAGGAUUGUCCACAUUUAGCACGGAUAAGAAGAAAAUGUUCAUGACCUCUUAUGUAGCUACGAGGUGGUACCGCGCACCAGAGCUUCUGUUUUCUUCAGAUGACUACACCCUAGCGGUGGAUGUCUGGUCUGUGGGUUGUAUUCUUGGUGAGAUGAUUGGUAGGAAACAGAUGUUUCCGGGAAAGAAUCCUAUUGAUCAACUCUCUCUCAUAGUGGAUGUCCUUGGCAUGCCUCCAACCCACAUGCUGAAAUCCACAAGCAGUGAUCAUCUGUACAACUUCUUCCAGAAGAACUUUGCCAACAAGACUCCCAAAGACCUGUCUAAACUGUACCCUAAAGCUGAUCCUCAAGGUUUGGAUCUGCUAGCGAAGAUGCUUAUAUUUGAGCCAUCAGAGCGCAUAACGGUCAACAAGGCACUCCAGCAUCCGUUUCUGGCUACCUACUACAGUCCCGAUGAUGAGCCAGACUGUUUUCCAAAGUUUGACUUUUCCUUUGAAAGCCACGUCAUGAGCAGGGAACAAAUCAAACAGCAAAUUGGCAAAAUGAUCCUCAAGUACAAUAAACCCACAGGAUGGGUCAGUAAAGGACUGUUGAGUGUUGUUCCAAAGACUGACACAUCUGGUGCAGCUACACAGCCAGCUACCAAUCAUGGCACUCUCCAAACUGUAGGCCCUUCCUCUAACAGUCUUGGUAGCCUCAAAACAAUCGGACCUUCAUCAAAUAGUGGUGGUGGCCUUCAAACAAUUGGUCCUUCAUCUAGUAAUCGUGGAAGCCUACAAACUAUUGGCCCUUCAUCUAGUAGUCUUCAAACUAUUGGUCCUACUGGCAGCAGGCAUUCUCUUCAGACUGUAGGUCCAUCGAGUAAAAGAGACACUCUCCAAACCAUAGGACCGUCAUCAAGGAGGACAACUCUUGAGACAGUAGGUCCAUCUUUCAAUAAGGACCCCCAAGGAGCAGUGGGUGAGGCGAGGAAUGACAGUGACGGUGAUAGCGUGCCACCAUCUUCUAGCUCACCUCUCAUCAGAGAAAGCUUGCUGAGUGGCCUUUCACAAACUUCACCCCUGUUCGGAGGACUCACCGACCUGUCGCCGAAGUUUGUAGCAGCCGACUGUAGUCUCAGCCCGGAAAUAUUCAAACCUCCCAUGGAGCCUAGCAGCAUUCAGUUUGAGACAGAUUCAAAACCUGAUCCAACUCCAGUAUCUAAUGUGUUUCUUGGAUUACCUGACAUGGGCUCAGUGCCUGGUUCUGUAAGCGACGUUGAAAUGCUCAGUGCCAAGUCCACUAGUGGGGACCCCCUGACGUCAUUCUUUAUGUCAUCGGACAAAAUGCCUGCCCAAGGAAAGAUUUACAGCCAAGGAACAACGUCCCUACUUGUUUCCAGCGAUAUUGAAAUGCAAAGUGCCAAAGGAGAAGCAACACCCCUCAUUGAAGAACAAAUAUCUAGUAAAGCUGACAUUACCUCUGAGGAAGAUAGAAACGAUACUGUCCAAGGGAGCACCUCAGGUGUACCUCAUGCAAGCAGUAGAGAAGGUGAUGGUCAACGUGAUCGUUCCAAUAGCUCCAGUCAGAAGACAAUCUCAGAAGACACAAAGGCUCUCAUCAAAGCAGCUCUCAUGAACUCUGCUCUCAAGAAUCAUAAAAAGGACAGAUUAGAAUCCACUUCCAGUGAGCCAGGCAAAGGUGGAGGUAAGAUGCCUGUGACGGCCUUGUCUCGUCAGAGGGAACGCGAGGAGAAACGCAAGCAGAAGAUUAGGCGAUCCAUGAAGAAGAAGAAGAAGAAUCGUCACGACAAGGAAGAGAAGAAGCAGCCUCCUGCACUGCUGACAGAGGAGGACAAGAACAUGUUAGAGAGGUGGAAUCGCAUGCAGCAAAAAAAUGCUGCUGCUGCAAAGUCUCAGGAUGAAAGUUCCAGGCGAGUCAAGUCGGAAUCCGAUGCGCCAUAUGAACCAGCAGCUAAAACCCAGCUGCCUAACGAUCCCAAAAGAUCUGACGUUGACGUUGUGCAAUAUUCAACCAAAUUUGACCCAGCAGACACUUCAAGUGGGAAUGUAUUGAAAGGUUUGAGAGUAUCAGCGACAUUAAUGGAAUCGCCCAAGUUUGGUGCAACAGCAAGUCCUACUCUCUUUGAGGAGAUAUCAUCACUGAACCCAGCAAGCUACCUGCAAUCCCCUGAUUACCUCUCUCAGCUAGACCUGCCUUCAGGGAAUAGUCUCUUUGCCUCAGGUUCGCCCUUUUCACUAAAUGUCGAGAGCACGGGUGAUACAGGCAACUCUGUCCAAAGCAGAAUACCUUUUGGUGCAAGAAGUGAUGCCCGAGAAGAACUGACAUUUGAUCCAACCAUGCAAGUGACAAACCAACAACCCAUGCCCUACAUGCCCAUGUUUGUGUCGACAUCAAGGAAUCGCUCCGGCAGUGAUGUGUUCCUCAGCCCAAAGCGGUCUCCAAAGCAGCAGUUGCUCUACCGCACUCCCUCUGAUCGGCAGACACCCUCUCCCCCCAGCCACAUCCCCUCCCCACCAUCCUGCUUGCAACAAUCACCGCCUGAUUACAGAUCUACAACGUCCCAAGCCAAUCCUGCAGGUUCACUGAACAACCACACCUCCACCACGGCAAAUCGAUCGCAAAACCCAGCUCUGGUGAGACGUCAUGAUUCAACAUCGUCGGACAUCACAAACAUCAUUAGACAGCUUUCUCGAUCCGUGGUGGAAGACACGUUACCAUCGCUUCUCUCCGUGCCUCUACCAGUCACGCCUAAGGGAGAUGGAGGUGGCUAUGGACUCAGCCUUGAUAUUGAGGAGCUGAUGGGAGAAUCUCUUGACCCUAAUGUCCAAAUAAAUGAUAGCACCAGGUGUGACUCUGCCCCUCUCUCCGCCUCACUGCUCUCUGAUUGGCUGGAUGUCCGCAAUUUAAACUCAGAAGACAUGUGCGCCAUCGAGCAGGACGUUCGUAACCUCACCAGUGAGAACCUACGGGAUAUACAACGUGAGCUUGGGCUCACCUCACCCGUAGGCAUACCGGUCGUUCCGCCCUUGGGCCCAGCGCAGUCGAACAGGAACCCAAAGCUAUGACAGCCAAGAAAUGCCUGUCUCAUUAUUACCUAGAAUAAAUAGAAAAUGCAGUGUCUAAAAUCCAUCAUUAAAGAUUAAUUUUAUGUACUAAUUCCAAAGAGGUAGACAUAUAAUCAUAUCUUUUAUUUAAACAUAUUUGUGGCUUACACCCAGUAAAUAAUCAUAUCUUGCUCUUGAAUAUAACGUUUAUUUUUUGUAGAAUGCAGUUUAAAAUCAUUUCAU